GGGAAAUAUAAAUUAAACUCUCUGUUAUUGAUUAUUUAUGGUCCUUAAAUGUUUGUUGUUUACUAAUAAAAUGGUAAUAUUACCGAUCAUUCGCAUAAACAUAUGAGUACAGAUCAAGCAGCAUACAAACAUACACAUACAUAUAUAUGUACGCAAAACACAUCCAUACAUGCAUAUACAUACAUGUGCACACAUACAUAUGUACACAUACACACACACACACACAAACACACGGACAUAGACAGACACGUACAAACACACAGUGAGAAACAAGUUAAAGGAAAAGAUAACAACAAUUAUCCGGUAAUUCGUGAUAAUAUUAUCGCCAGGUAAAUAGUUCCUUCCUCCUCGCUAAGUGAAGUACGUACAAUGCGACAGAAAUCCUUCCAAUGACCCGUCCUCUUCUCAUCUGCAUGACAAUCAUGAGAG